AUGGCCGCGAUGGGGGAUGAGGCGCGGUCGCUCGUGGAGCUUGUGUUCCGGCAGCGCCACGAGGAGGUGCUGACAUGCGAGAGCGUCGUCGUUAUUGGGCGCGGGACGUCCAGCAAGGGGUCGAAGGCGCGUCUGCUGGCGCUCUGCCGCCCUUUCGCCUCCUCGUCGUCGGCGCCGUCGUCCAUGUCGCAGACGACGCUGAACGUUGUGCGGGUGGAAUCCGGGCGCGUGGCCAAGGUGAAGGAGGUGUUUGUCGUGGCACGCCUCGUGGACGUGAGCCACGACGGCAGCUUUGACGCGACCUUCAACUUUGGCGGAAGUGGCAUGAUCUCCGUCGCCUUUGAGUCGCACAUUCAGCGCGAGAUGUUCGUCGCGGCGGUGCACAAGGUGCAGCGGGACCUGCAGCCACACGUGACCACCGUCUCGCGGGACGUGCAGGUCUUGUUGACAGAUGCGCUGGGCGCCGAGGUGGAGGCGGACGCUGCGGCGCGUGUGAAGAGUCUGCGGCGGGAGAAGCGCCGGGCCCUCACCGCCGAGGACGAGCGGCGGCUGCAGCAGUUUAUUGGCCGGCACGGCUUUGACGACAUCCGAAGCGCGGAGAAGCUGCUCUCAACGCGGCAGAAGGAGGCGGAGUUGUCGUCGGUGGAGGUGCUGCUGAAGUCCGUCGGCGCGUGGGAGGCGGUGCGCUCGCGCAUCACGGCACUGGUGCUUGACGUGGAGGAGCUUGAGGGACGCAUUGGGCAGUACUCGCGGCAAAUACUCUCAAAGAAGGAACAACUGCAGCGCAUUGAGCACCAGAGCAACACGCUGCAACGCAAACAGCGGAAUCUGCGGAAGCUGCACGAACACCUUGAGGCGCUAUGCAGCCAACUCAGCCUCCCGCCGCAGACGAGCACGCUGCUGGCGCGACUUCAAAGCACACGAGACGAGGACCUGGUGAGCUUCUUCGCGGAGGGUGACAAUGCACAGGUGCUCUCGGUUGCGAUGAAGCACAUGCGUUCACUGCUGCAGAACAAAAAGCUUGGGACGGAUUACCCCAUCACAGCCGUGGCGGAGCGUCGCGCCUUUUUCAUGGAGCAGCGUCGCAUGAUUGCUCGCUGCUCCAAGGCGUACAUCCUGGCGACAAUCAGCAAGUACGAGGCAGCGUACCUCGCCGACCGCACACGGUAUAGCGGUAAGGGACGGCUCGUGUGGCGAAUACACUCGGAGCUCAUGACACAACUAGCAAGCAUCCGUGACGUAAUCACGGCGCUGGUGUACAUUGACUUGGAGGGCUACAUCGCCGUGCUCCGCCGAUACCGGGUGAGCAUGCAACGCAUUUACGCCCUGGAAAUGCACAAAUUUUUCAAGUACGUGCGGUCCCAUGUAAAAAAGGUCGGUCACCGCGGCCCGUUUCUUCUUGGUGUGCGGGAUUCUCCCGAUGACGCCCUCGCCAUCCGCAUGGAGACGACAGAAGCUGGAGAGACGCCGCGGCGAAUGUGGGGCACGGGCAGCAGCGUGGCCUCAACCCCCGUCGCAAGUUUGUUACGCACCCCAAACGGUGUCGGCGGGGGAGGGAAGGGGGAAGAGGGGAAACUAUCUGUCGACUUGCCCACGGCUCGCGACGCGGGUUUGCGGCUUUACGAUGUGGCGGACAUUCGUGCGGCUUCAGUCUCCGCUGCCCGCGCGUCUGCCCCAUCCUUGGCCUCUGGAUGGGCGGGCGCCUCCGACGACAGGCUGCGCCCCGAUUUGGCGCUUGCCAUGGUGCUUGAGACGACCUUUGGUGUUGUCCUGCAGGAGGAGGAGACACUGCAGCAGUGCUUCGGUGUUGUUGCGAGGGCCGCAGCGGCCGAUGAGGCGGGUGACCUGCCGAGACCCUUCGACGAGGGCGCCCUGACGGCCUACGCGGAGGACGCCGCGAGGCUCUUGAACGACUCCCUGCUGGAGCUGUUUGGUGGCGACAAGCUGGUGCAGUUCCCCCCCGGCCCGGCGAGCGCCUCCGCUCGGCAGCAGGGCAGCGAGGCGGAUUUGCUUAGCAGCAAGCUUUCCUUCGCCGAGGCAGACGACGACGGCAGCGGCGGAAACAGCGCCGCACAGGCGCAACCACCGUGCUACUUACUAAGGCAACUCGUGGGGCUUCUGGAGUUCUGCGGGGAGAAGUGUGAUCGACUGUACGCCGUGCCGGUGAUGGUCAUGCUGCAGGCGUACCGCCGUGGGGGCACCCCCACCGCGGAAAGCGUCUUUUGUCAGAUGCUACUUCGGGCGCUGGAGCGGGUGGUGGCGGCCACCAUCUCACGGAGCAUCGCGGAGCAAACCGCCUCCAUUGCCGCCUGUCGCAGGCGCUACUUCGUGCACCCGGGCGGGAUGCUGAGCUGCUUCACAAAGCUGCCGGCAUUCGUGCAGCGCAUGGAGGCGGUACACAACGCACUGCCGCCCGCCGUCUGCAACCGCGGGAAGUACGCGACGAUUGCUUUGAGUUUUGUCGACCAGGCGUUUGAGGCCCUCGACUACACUACGAACUUUGGCGGCGCCGAGGCGCGCAGGGACGCGAAGCUCAGUUUUAUAGAGACCAUUGAAAAGCGGGCGGCGAAGUGGCUUGACGGGCUGGACAACAACUCUGUCAAGCGUGGUAUCAUUCAGCAGUACCGCCACCAUGCCUUUUUCUGCGCCUUCUACGCUUCUCUGCCGGAGACCGCCUACGCCGUGGAGCUGCUGCGGGAGCGGUGUGCCUCCUCUCGGACGCUGCGGGACCACUACGAGGAGGUCUACCUCACACGCAUCCUUCUUGUGAAGGACUUCCCUGAGUUCGGCACCUUUGCGCUUGUGGCCGAGGACCUUGCCCAGAUCCAUUCACGCGAGGAGCUGCGGCACCACAACGCGCUCUCCGUCGAGGCCGUCCGCCGCGUCCUGCAUUGCCUGCCGCGAGAGGUGCGUGGCGGCAUUCCGUCCAGCUCUCGCCGCAUGAAAAAGCACUUCCUCCGCGAUGCGACGGAUCGAAAGGAAGAAAGCUCGUUUCAUUGCACACUUCUGCAGCGUCUCUGGCAGCACUUCUCCACAUUGCUCCUGCAGAAGAUUGACUUCUUGGACGCGCUGCUUCGCUGGCCCAUGUACGCCGGGAUGGAAAUGACCGUCACACGAGCCGAGGUGUCCUCCCUCCUACAGGCGGCUUGA